CUAAUUGUUGUGAUAAACUUAUUAAAUAGAGUAUAAUGUCACUUUUGCAAGCAGUGCUGCUAUGCCUAGUUUGCAUUUUCCUCAGCCCUACUGCUCUUACGCAGACAGAUGAAAACAUCAGUGAUAACUGUUUGUGUGAUUUAACCGAAACACGAUGCGACAUCAACUGCUUCUGUGACCCUGAUUGCUCAGAGGAAGACCGAAAUGUGUUUGAUGAGCCAAACAUCGUGCGAAUCAACGAGGAAGUUUCUUGCGUGCGGAAAGAAUUAGUGGUGACUGACAACUCUGAAUACGAGGUGACAGAGACUACGGAUUCGAACCUCUUCUGCCUGUGGAAGGACAACAAUGCCGAAAGGAAUUUCUUCCGAACUGUGCCGACAGUUAGUACUGUCAACCAGUUCGACUCUUAUGUCAAUCAGUACUCUAGACAAGUGAUCGCUGUCAACUCCCCAACUUCCAAUCCCGCUGCCGUUCCAUACAGGUAUGGUUCUGACAUCUACGCGGUGAGGCAGAAUGGUAGUCUCGUUGGAACAUUGAGCACCAUCGGACCUGGUCUGUUCUCUCGCACCUGCGUGGAUGUCAAUCAAAUCAAGUAUUUGACUGAGUGGAGUAAGGAGUGUGAGGUGAUUGUUGCCGAGAGUGAAUUGGAGACCACGUGUUCCAAUCCAGACAGUGGGUGGCGUCUCAACAACUUCAUCACGGGCUUCAAAGUCGUUCAGGACACCCAGUUCUUCUCACAAGUUGACCUAAACGAUUCGGCCACAAUCUCGUCUGUGUACGACUCUAGUUCCAACCUCACAAGUGUCUUCGUGAGAUGCAUCAGAAUCACGCCUGAUUCAGAAUGUGAUGAGGCUUUGAACAGUGUGACUGGCAACAUCUCUCUCUAUCUCGACACCCUCUUCGAUGACGCCACAGACACCUGCAGUAACAUAGUCAAAGACGUGACAUACAAGGUAGUCUACAGCGGAAGUGUGAUUGGUCAAGUAGCUGUUGACGUCACUCUACAAACACUGUCAUUGGACCCUGCUGCUGUCACCUCCCAACCGCUCACUCUCUCUCGCAAUAUUGAAGUCCUCUUCCUAAAUGCGCUGAAUGAGACUGGAACUAAACGGAGUGGGAACCCGGGAUUCCAGCGUGGACUUGAGAUCAGAAAGGGAGUUGUGGUAGUGACCACUGACCCAGUGACAGAUGAGACUGAGACGAGUGUGGUGGUGAAUGAACAAGAUCCCUACCUGUCUAUUACGUCACCUGCUGCUCAAUGUGGGGUGGGCACGUCUACUGUGGAUGUGCGAUUCGGAUACAACACGGUUUCUGGGUGCCACGUAACAGUGAGUCGAGCGAACUUGAGUGAGAGUCAGGCUGCGUGCGAAGCAAUCCAGGACCAACUCACCCAAGGACUGUGGACUCUCUCGGACGAAGUGGUGUUGGCUCAGUUCGGAAACACUGACAGCAGUUUACCCGGCGACUGGGUAUCCAUCAAGCCCACAACAACCGCGGAGACCGGCUCGUUUGUGAGCGGAGGAUGUAGAUUGGCGACGACAUACAAACUCAUCAUUUUCUUCGCCAAUGUGGGCCAGCUGAAGUCUCCUCAGGCGAAGAUAGUGGGCGCAAGGCGAGAGACCUAUAGUGCUGACUACUCCUUCAACUGUGGCGUGCAAUGCAGUGGGGAGGGAUUAACUAUGGACAUUCAUGGUCAGGUGAUAGUGAACUUCGUGGAUGUGUCCGAAGACACGCAGGGGGCAGUCAGGAAAAUUCCCCCCAUCGAAACAGACAUCCCCUACGACUUCUUCUAUCCAUUCCUAGUCAACACUGCACCAAGACACUUCUAUAGUCUGUGUCAUCAUCUGCUUGCUGUGACGUCCCUAGCACUCAUAUUUCACAAGUGUAUUCUGUAGAAAACUGGGCUGUAGAAUUCUGUAAAAAAUGUAUAGAAAGAAAAGUUGUAAAUGACUCAAUUGGAAUCAAACUAAAUUCGGAUAGUUUUACUUCUUACAUUUGUAUAUGAGCGUGGAUUCGAUUCUCGUCGAUAAUUUAGAAACACCUGUUGAGAAUGAAUAAAAACUGAAAUCCUGUUGAACCUGUGUAUAAAUCCAAUUUCUUUUCUUUUAUAAAUCUUACUGCAAAAACAUGUUUUGUUAUUGUGAAUAGAAAUGUUAAAUUGUAAUAAAGUGUAUAUGCAAAAAAUUAAAACAUUGAAAUUGC